UGGAAAAGGCGUCACAAGGCUGUCAAGCGAUGGAAGGACUAGGAGCGCUUUACCAGAGCAAACGAGUUGAUGAACACUGGGUUGGUUUUGUGCUUCUUGAUAUUUUGACGUGUGUUUCACCAGACACUGCAACUUCGUUUGUUCACAAUUAACUGAGAUAUCUGACAAUUAGUUAUAAGCAUUCUCUGGACCAUUAGACUGCGGAGUUAUUGUGAAAACCUCGUAUGUUUCCCGCCGUGUCACCGUGUGUACAGACCAAGUUACAGUAUCCACACAACCUGGGCGAGGUCACGGCUGUGUUACCUAUUAUUAUUUUGCAGGUUUCACCGGUAUUUCAAACAUCUGAGUGUAACAAGUGGUGAUCGACAGUGUCGGUUUAUUCCUGCCAUCUCAUACUCAUAUUCCUUCCAUUUCUGGAUGGUAAACACGGAUAAUUGCAAGACUCCCCGAGCAAAAGCAACAACAGCCUCCUUGGCUGGAAUGGGGGAUCAAAUCCAGAUCUAAUGCCAAUACUAGGGACCCAAGUUUAAUGUUAGCUCUUGUGGCAGACUUUAUGACUACUACGGGUUGGUAAAACAAAACAAAAAAAAGUGACAACUUUAUAACCCCCUAAACGAUUGGACGUUAUGACUUCGACGCAGCCAUCCUCGACUAGCGAAUCCUUCCUUUUUGUUGAUCGGCAAGUGGAGACCAGCCACGAAGAGCGCACCCAUUGCAAGACGGAAACCUUUACACGACGAGUAUACUAUCCAGCCGACAGUAACCAAGGAAACGCCAACGUCAUGCCUCAAUACACAUUGGGAACCGAUCCGACGGGAACGUACGGACACACGACGUAUUCCAGCAGUAAUGGCGGACCGGCCGGUCACGUGGAUGCUCCGUCGUCGUCUCCGGGCAUUCCGGCGAACGCAACUUUAGUCUCACGCACUAAACAGCAGCUCACCACCCAACAAGUAACGACAGUGACGCAGCUCGUCCGCGAAGUGCAGCACAUUGGGCCAGACGGCCAACCAGUUCUGGUCGAUCCAUACAAUCCUUACGGCGAAUAUACGGGCCAGCCACACUCGACGGGCACCUACGGCCGCAACGGAUCGUCGUCCUCAUCCAUUGGUGUGACUGGCAUUCCAGUUGCUGGGCAACCGCAGCGCUUCGCCAACUACGAACACAUCGCCGAAGGAGCCGAUUACCGCACACACAGUCCGGCCGGAUAUGGGAGGACGGCUAACUACGCCGAUUACGAACCGUAUCCGCACUUGGCCGGACCUCGCGGUGGCGGCAGCGUAGUGGUCGGACCACCACCCGACUACGCUUACCAAACGGCCCAGCCGCCUGGGCUUUAUCGCGACUAUCCCGACAUGGAUCCAGGCAAUGCCGGAACGCUCUCCGGCGGAGUACCUAUUUAUGGCGACCGGCCGCCCACGCCACCGUCGCCCAGUGAACAAUCUGAAUCACCAUUGCCACAUCAUUCGCGCGAUUAUUCGAGGCAAGGCCUACCUUAUCCACCGUCAGGAUAUGCCGAAAUGGACAACGCUGUUCCGCCAGAUCGUUACGCAGCUCAUUCGCCUUACGGCCGUGCAGCUUAUGCCAAUGUCAAUGGUUUGGAUCCGGGCUCGACAGCCGGCCCCGGCAUGGGAUCCACUUACCGUUUACAUCAAGACGAUCAGGACGAUCAACAAAUGCAGUAUCAAGCACAACAAGAUUUUGGCAUGAAUUCGACUGGUCAUAGUCCUACUAGGAGGCUGGCUCCUCCUCCACCAUCCCGAACGGGUGGCGUUGAGAACACCUAUCAACCCCGUCCACCACCGCCCGUGCCGGCCGAAGCUAUGGCCAGUCUCAAUAUCGGGCUCGAUAAAAGUGGAGUGAGAUGGCGCGAUCCAGAUCUGCAUGAAGUGAUAGCUUUCCUUAACAACCCCAACGCCGUGGUGAAAGCGAACGCAGCUGCUUAUCUACAGCAUCUUUGCUACAAUAGUGACCCCGUCAAACAACAAACGAGACUCUUGGGUGGAAUUCCUCUACUUGUUGGACUCAUCUCGUCCGAACAACCCGACGUCCACCGUAACGCUUGCGGGGCGCUCAGAAAUCUUUCUUACGGACGGCAAAAUGACGAAAAUAAGAGGGCGUUGCAUAAAGCUGGCGGUAUACCAGCCUUGGUCCGGCUGCUCACAAGGAGACCCGAUUCCGACGUGCAAGAACUCGUCACGGGAGUUUUGUGGAAUCUUUCUUCGUGCGAGGAGCUGAAGCGAAUCAUUCUGGACGAGGCGCUAUCUGUUCUGGUGGCUCAAGUAAUCAUUCCGCAUUCGGGAUGGGACCGCAAAAAGCCGGGUCCCACCCACUGGACGCCUCUGUUGCGGAACGGCUCCGGCAUCCUAAGGAAUGUCAGCUCUGCUGGAAUCGAAGCCCGUCAGGCACUCCGGCUAAAAGAUGGGGUAGUUGAGGCUCUAUUGUACCUCGUACGAGGCGCCAUCGACCAGAACCACAUGGACAACAAGAGUGUGGAGAAUGUCAUUUGCGUUCUGCGUAACCUUUCCUAUCGAUGUGAGGAGGUGGUUAAUCCAAACUACGACAAGCAGCCACCCAAUACGGGCGCUGGGGCGGGAGGCGGUGGGGGGCAAACCAGAGCCACAGCUCAACACUCUGGUGAGAACCAAGGCUGCUUCGGAGCCAGCCGGAAGAAGAAAGAUGGUAGCGGAGCGAGUGGGACUUUACUGCCUUCACCUUCAUCGCCGUCGACAAACAGUGGCGCCAAUGCGGCAGCUAACAGUGGAUCGAGCGGAAAUCUACCCCAACGAUCCGAUCCACCGAAAGGCAUGGAACUUCUCUGGCAGCCGGACAUCGUUCAGCCCUACUUGGCGUUGCUUUCCAACUGCUCUAAUCCGGAGACGCUAGAGGCAGCGGCCGGUGCCAUUCAAAAUCUGGCAGCUUGUUAUUGGCAACCAUCGAUCGACAUUCGAGCCGCCGUCCGCAAAGAGAAAGGAUUGCCCGUUCUGGUGGAGCUGCUGCGGAUGGAAGUCGAUCGCGUAGUCUGCGCCGUGGCCACAGCUUUGCGCAACUUGGCCCUCGAUCAACGCAACAAGGAGCUUAUCGGCAAAUACGCAAUGCGAGAUUUAGUGCAGAAGCUACCGUCUUCGACGCCUCCACCCGCCAACCCGAAAAACCAGCAGGGUAUUCAACAGCAACAGCACGAUUUGGGUGGAGCAUCGGAUGAGACGAUCGCCGCCGUUCUGGCCACCCUCAACGAAGUCAUUAAGAAGAAUGCUGAAUUCGCUCGUUCCUUGCUGGAUGAAAGCGGCGUGGACCGGUUGGUCUCCAUUACACGGCAAAAGCAGCGCUACUCUUCGCGAGUUGUCAAGUUCGCGUCUCAAGUACUGGCCGCGUUGUGGACGCACCAGGAGCUUCGUGAUGCUUACAAAAAAUCCGGCUGGAAGGAGUCGGAUUUUGUGAGCCGGAGCAGUACGGUGUCCGGCAGUGGAAGCAGUGGUGGUGGAGCGGGAGGAGGAGGGAUGUCGGGCGGAGGCGGUGCCUCGUCUCCUAGUCAUUCGGCUGCAAACUCAACGUUGAACAGGCCCAUGUCCAGCCAGGGCGGCACACGUUAUGAGGACAAGACCCUAUCGCUUCAACGUUCCAACAAUGCUUCUGGUUUCGCCAAUCCCAACAAUAAUGGCCAAGCUAAUAGGCAGCAGAGUUAUCGGGCGGAUGACGUUCCGUUGGCGGACAUGCAAUACGCAGAAGGAUCAACUCACGCCCCACCCACAGGGGGCGUGCGAAUAUUCCCACCUGGAACUAAACCCGGUGAGCCGGUAUACGCCCAAGUGAAUCGAGACAAAAAAAGAAGUCGACAGUAUGAAGGCGGUUCCAGUCAGGAUAUGGGAUUAACCGGAACGUACGACGAGGCGCCCUCACUGUCACGCCUCAAUAUGGAUCCUCACGGGCAGGGAGCUGGCGAUUCGUGGGUCUGAGGCAUCUACCGUGUGAACAUUUCAAAUAAUUAAGAGUAGGACCGCUCGUCUCCCAGUUACAUACACAACCGCCCGCUUGCGUUUCGAUGGCCGAAACGGUGGGACAAUUCACGGCUGCUUUGCCCUCUCGCGACGGCAAAAUUCUUUUUUCCUCUUCCACGGGAAACCAGUCGAGAGGACUCGGCCGCUAAUAAUAAUGAUAAUUGAUUUAAAUGAUUUUAUUAAUUUUUUUUUUUUUCUUCUUUUGCCUCUAUUCUUUUUCUUGUUUCUCCGUCUCUCCAUCUCAACUCUUCAUGUUUCCGUUCGGGUCACAGGCAGAUAACACGCAUACACAUUUCUCCCUUUUUGUACUGUAGGUACAAGUUAUCGUCCAUUCUCCCGUUUCGUUUAAGGUCAGAUGUUGUGCCUUUUUUUCAACCCCUGCUCUCUUUUCGAUAUGGCAAAUCUUUAUUAUUAUUUUUUCCCUUAUUUUUCCCUUUUUUUUUUUAUUAUUAUAAAGUUAUUUUGUAUGUAAAGGUAUCUUUCAGUUCGGAUUCGUUCUUUCAGCUCUCCAUCACUAUUAUCUUCAUUUCCCAUUUUUAUACAUAACUAUUCCGAUUGAACGAACAAGACAGACAAGAACAAGGAAACGAACGAGGAAAAGUAAUUUCGAUUUUGGUGUAUCACCCGCUUUCACAUAGAUCAGAGAGAGAGACGCUUCAGUUUUUUUUUUAUUUUUUUUUGUAUAAAAAAAAGAAGAAAACACAUUAACUUCCUUACUCAAAUUGAAAGAAAAAAAAAAAGAGAAAUGAGAUGGUAAAAAACUUGCGAUAAUUAUUUGCCGUCUUCAUGAAAA